CGACGCGAGUACGCGACCACCCCACCCCCCGCGGCAGCCCACCACCUCCUCCCCGUCCUCCCCUCGCGCGCCCCGAUCCAACCCCGUCCCCGCCACCAGCGCGGCCGCCGCGAACGUGGUCCGACGCCCGGCCGAUCUCCCCCGCCACAGCCAAGGGCCCCCGGUCCUACCUCAAAAGGCAUGAUCCUGGCAUUUCCUUGAGAAAAGGAGCAACUGAGCAAAAAUGGCCUCGAGGGCUAUCAUCAGGAGGCGGAAGGACAUUCUCCGGCACACUAAUGUGCCUAUUUUAUCCUCAUUAUCCACUAGCACAACUGGGCAAGGAAAAUUUGGAUGUGAGGUUGACCAGAGAUCUGUAUAUUUGUUUUCAGAGGACAGCUUAGCUUAUUCUGAUCAUGCUAAGGUGCAGUAUACUUUGAGUAACCGAAAUCUUUGUGGCCUCAGUAGUGGUUUCACAUGUCGCCCAACUUGUGGGGUUUCUCUUUCCGCUUAUGGCUCUAGAGCACAAAACUUUGUAUUCCCCUUGGGAGUCAGGUGGUUCCUCCAGUCAGUCCGCACCACAUCAAACACAGCUGGCCAACCUCAAGUUAAUAUUAUGGGCAAGCAGAAUGAGGAUGAUAAGGAGAAGCAACAAACAAAGGAGGCCUCCCCAGAAGAAUGUGAUCAGGCAGUGGAAGGAUUAAGCACUGCAAAAGCAAAGGCUAAAGCUAAGCUGGAGGAAGUGCAAAAGACUGACCAAUCAAUCAUGCAGAAGUUCUGGGCGAAGCUUCUGGGUAUUGGCCCUGCUUUGAGACUUGUUGCUUCAAUGAGCAGAGCUGAUUGGGCUGCAAAGUUGAAGCAUUGGAAGGAUGAAUUUGUUUCUACACUGCAGCAUUAUUGGUUGGGCACUAAGCUUCUCUGGGCAGAUGUUAGAAUCUCAUCAAGACUGUUAGUCAAACUUGCUAGUGGAAAGAGCCUUACAAGGCGAGAGAGGCAACAGCUCACACGUACAACAGCAGAUCUGUUCAGACUAGUACCUUUUGCUGUCUUUAUUAUUGUUCCGUUCAUGGAAUUCUUGCUGCCAGUGUUCCUCAAGUUGUUCCCAAACAUGCUGCCAUCCACUUUCCAGGACAAGAUGAAAGAAGAGGAGGCGCUAAAAAGGAAACUGAAAGCAAGGAUGGAAUAUGCAAAAUUUUUACAAGACACUGCAAAAGAAAUGGCAAAGGAAGUACAAACAUCACGUAGUGGAGAAAUGAAACAGACCGCUGAAGAUCUGGAUGAGUUUUUGAAUAAGGUUAGGAAAGGUGGACAUGUCUCCAAUGAAGAAAUUUUGAACUUUGCUAAGCUAUUUAAUGACGAGCUGACUUUGGAUAACAUGAGCAGACCUCGGCUAGUAAAUAUGUGUAAAUACAUGGGGAUCCAACCUUUUGGUACAGAUCACUACUUGCGAUUCAUGCUUCGAAAGAAGCUACAAGACAUUAAGAAUGAUGACAAGAUGAUUCAAGCUGAGGGUGUGGAGUCUCUUUCUGAAUAUGAGCUUAGACAAGCUUGUCGUGAACGAGGCCACCUUGGUUUGUUGUCAACCGAGGAGAUGCGCCUAGAGCUCAGAGACUGGUUGGAUCUAUCACUCAAUCAUUCUGUGCCGUCAUCUCUUCUAAUACUCUCAAGAGCUUUUACCAUGUCUGGGAAAAUGAAACCUGAGGAGGCUGUUGUAGCAACCUUAUCUUCUCUGCCAGAUGAAGUUGUCGAUACAGUUGGGACUGUACUGCCUUCUGAAGAUUCUGUUUCGGAGAGGAAGAGAAAAUUGGAAUUUCUGGAGAUGCAAGAGGAACUUAUCAAGGAAGAGGAGAAAAGGCAAGAGAAAGAAGAGAGGGCAAAAUUGGAGGAGCCAAAAGCUAUUGAAGAAGAUUUGGCUCUGAAAGAAAUGACCGAGCCUACUGCUAGGGAGGAAGAGGAAGUAAAGAAAGCUAAAACACAUGAUAAGAAAGAGAAACUUUGUAAUAUCAGUGAAGCAUUGGCUGUGCUUGCAUCUGCUUCUUCCGUUACCAAGGAGCGCCAGGAGUUUUUAAGCCUUGUGAACAAGGAGAUAGAACUAUACAACAACAUGCUUGCGAAGGUGGGAACAGAUGGUGAAGAAGAAGCCAGGAGAGCAUACAGGGCUGCUAGGGAGGAAUCAGACCAAGCUGCGGAGGCAGCUGUGGGAGAAAAGGUUUCUUCAGCAUUGAUAGAUAGGGUUGAUGCUAUGCUUCAAAAGUUAGAAAAGGAGAUUGAUGAUGUUGAUGCUCGAAUUGGCAAUCGCUGGCAGCUGCUGGAUAGGGACCGCGAUGGCAAAGUGACUCCUGAAGAGGUAGCAGCAGCAGCAAAUUAUCUCAAAGACACCAUAGGGACAGAAGGUGUCCAAGAGCUUAUCAGCAAUCUUUCCAAAGACAAGGAGGGGAAUAUCCUUGUGGAAGACAUCGUGAAGCUGGCAUCACAAACAGAGGAAAACAAUGGACAUAAAGAAGUGCCUCGAUGAUGUGAACAGCAGGCACAUUCUUGGCUGUUAGAACUCAGCGGUCCAUUCAUUUUCGAGGGAACUGACCCAGUGAGCUCAUGGCAGUUUCAUUCGUAGAUCAAAACUUCAAAAGGCAAGACGGUCACUUUUUGUUCCGACUGGCUGGUGCUGAGAAAGUUGUCCAGUAGCAUAGCUUGCUGUUACUGUAUGGCGUUACAUUCAUACAGUUUUUUGUUUUUAUAACAUACAUUCAGAGUUAGCACCGGUGCUGCCAAUCACCAGGUAGAGGGAUUCUUGAGGUAAAAUGGCAACUGAAAUUUAAAAAGGUUGCCAUGGAAAUGGAAAUAAGCUCAUGGAGCAGUUCGACCUUUAUCCAUAAUAUAAAUAAAAGUGUAGGCACUGAGUAAGCGUAUCAGUGUCUGGUUUAGUUUCAUUGCUAUUUGAAUGAGAAUGAAUUAGUUUUGCAGUCUCA